AUGUCACGUUGGGAAACAUUUAAUAAUAUACUUAAGGUAGUCAUUCCUGCUUUUUUGACUCUAAUUCUGGCCGAGGUCGCCUUAAUAUAUUAUGAUUUUAUUGAAAUCAGUCCAAGUAUAAUGUCUUGGGAACUUACGUUUGGAUGUAUCUUAUUAUCUGUAUCCAUAAAUUUCUAUUCUUACUAUAGUCUGAGAAAACUUACCGAAUUUUUGAUGAUUGAGUCUAUUAAGAGGCGGCCGUUUAAGGAAUUGUAUACAUUUGGGCAAAUUGCAAUUUGGAAUGAUAUUUCUUCUAAUAUCUUUCAGGAGGGGAAAAAAUGUGUUCCAUUCGGGGUUGGAUUCCUGAGAAGCGCCGCUUUUUUAGACAAGAUGUUUAAGAAAAAUAUGGCCGACAUCAGGAGAAAAUUGAAUACAAAAUAUAAAGACAUAGAUGAGGAUGAGAUUCAUGGAAAUGAUGCAAUUCUUAUUGCAGCAAAAAAAACGAGUGACGAAGAUGUAAAGCAAUAUUACAAUGAAAAUAUCUUCAGCAAAAACGAUAACUGGAAAAAAUAUGGUACACCAGGGCCAUUGGAUCCAAUUACUACAACAACGAAAUUUGAAAAGAAUGAAAAGCUUCGUGGACGAAUACAACUUGCGACUACACUUUUUUUCAUUGCUUACAUGAUUUUUUACUUUUGGUUGGCUUUAUAA